AGCCGAGAAGCGAGUGCCUCUCGGCGGCGUGCUGUCUCCAUCCCUCCGCUCAGCAGGAUGGAAGACACGCAUUUUUAACGGGGGGCGGGAAAGAAUAAAACAUCACAUAAACGGAACUAAACUGCUGUGGAAGAGGGUCGCCUUUUAUUGGAUGGAUGUUUUCCAGUCGUUGGUGAAUGAGCUAAGGUCAAGCUGGUUGUGAAGGUGCUGGACUUGUUCCCCCCUACGCCCCAGGCCGGAGACAGUAUGGCGGCAGGAGUGGCGGCAUGGCUUCCUUUCGCCCGGGCGGCGGCCAUUGGCUGGAUGCCUGUGGCUAAUCUACCUAUGCCCAUUGCACCAGCGGAGAAGAACAAACGUCAGGAUGAGUUAAUCAUUCUGAAUGUCAGUGGACGGCGCUUCCAAACCUGGAGGAAUACGUUAGACCGCUAUCCAGACACCCUAUUGGGCAGUUCCGAGAAGGAGUUCUUCUACAACGAAGAGACAAGAGAGUACUUCUUUGACCGGGAUCCUGAUAUGUUUCGUAGCGUACUUAACUUCUACCGCACGGGAAAGCUCCACUAUCCUCGCAAUGAAUGCAUCUCCUCCUAUGAUGAAGAGCUUUCGUUCUUUGGCAUUAUCCCAGAGAUCAUUGGUGACUGCUGCUACGAAGAGUACAAGGAUAGAAAGAGGGAAAAUGCAGAGCGUCUGAUGGAUGACCAGGAGGACAAUAAGGAUGCUAAGCUGCCCAACAUGACCUUCAGGGAGACAAUGUGGCGGGCUUUUGAGAACCCUCACACGUCCACAAUGGCCCUGGUCUUCUAUUACGUUACUGGAUUUUUCAUCGCCAUCUCUGUUAUCACUAAUGUGGUAGAGACGGUUCCCUGCGGCUCGGCACCCAACCAGAAAGAAGUGCCAUGCGGCGAGCGCUACACUGUGGCCUUCUUCUGCAUGGACACGGCCUGCGUUAUGAUCUUCACUGUGGAAUACCUGAUGCGCUUAUUUGCUGCACCAAGCCGCUACCGCUUCAUGAGGUCUGUCAUGAGCAUCAUAGAUGUGGUGGCUAUCUUGCCCUACUACAUUGGCCUGGUGAUGACUGACAACGAGGAUGUGAGCGGCGCCUUUGUGACGCUCCGAGUUUUCCGUGUGUUUCGUAUCUUUAAGUUCUCCCGUCACUCUCAGGGCCUUCGCAUUCUAGGCUACACUCUGAAAAGCUGUGCCUCAGAGCUGGGCUUCUUGCUUUUCUCCCUUACGAUGGCCAUAAUUAUAUUUGCCACCGUCAUGUUCUACGCAGAGAAGGGCUCAAGCUCCAGUAAAUUCACCAGUAUCCCAGCCUCCUUCUGGUACACCAUCGUUACUAUGACAACCCUCGGGUAUGGAGACAUGGUUCCUAAAACCAUUGCAGGGAAGAUCUUUGGCUCAAUCUGCUCUUUGAGUGGGGUGCUGGUAAUCGCCCUGCCUGUUCCUGUCAUCGUGUCCAACUUUAGCCGCAUCUAUCACCAGAACCAGAGAGCAGACAAACGGCGGGCGCAGAAAGUACAGAAAGCUCGCUUGGCCAGGAUACGAAUUUCCAAGACAGGGAGCUCCAGUGCCUUCCUCCACAACAAGCGGAAUGGCCUCUUCAAUGAAGCUUUGGAGAUCACGCAACUUCCGUACAAGAUGAACCUUUCAGAUCAGGGUUCUAUUGAGGACGAGCAACAGAUAAAUAAGUCCACCUCUCUGUUGGAGAGCCAGCGCCAUCACCUGCUGCACUGUCUGGAGAAAACCACUAACCAUGAGUUUGUGGAUCAUCAGUAUUACCAGCAGAGCUACAUUGAUCCCGGGCUGCAGAACUACCCAUCUCGGAGCCCCUCCCUCUCCAGCCAAGAGGGUGUGACGGGCACGUGUUGCACCCGCCGCAGCAAAAAGCACCACAGCCCUUUGGCGAACGCCAGCGCCCCGGCACACAUGCAGCCUUUGACGCACGCACACCAACAAGGCCUGCAGGAGCUCAGCACCAUUAACAUUCAGCCCCUCAGCACCAGCCGCUCCAGUCUGAACAUGCGCCUGGACGAGCAGGCGCCCCUCAACUGCCAGGGCAGCCAGAUCACCACAGCCAUCAUCAGCAUCCCCACACCGCCAGUCACUACACCUGAGGGCGACGCCCACCUGCCAGCAGGCCCCGCCCACCAGAACGUUGUGAAGGUGUCCGCCUUGUGAACGUGUCGUCGUGACAAGACUUGACUUUGACAGGCAAGAGGCGGACAUGUUAUUGGACGAGGAAGACAUGGUGGGGACUGACCUCUGCUGGCCAUGUGCUGUAACUACAUGGACUUCCUGUACAGAAGAGGGAUUAGAUGCAGUACAUCCAUGUUAAUAGGUGUGUGCGUGUGUGUGUGUGUGUGUGUGUGUGUGUGUGUGUGUGUGUGUGUGUGUGUGUGUGUGUGUGUGUGUGUGUGUCGCUGAGCACAAAGCACCUUUUCAUGAUUUAGUUUCACUCUUAGAAAAUAAGAGGAUUUGAGUGGAAAAAGACACGAAAAAAAACCCGACGUUCUUGUAAAAUGUGCACUUUUAGUUGCCCGACUGUGUGACUAUCAUGUUGGUGUACGAGCAGGAGAUGAGUUUCACAUUUGUAAAUGAGCGCGUGCAUCUCCUAGUUACAAGACUCGUGCCGUCGUGCGUGGAAAGUUUGUGCCUACCACGGAGCGUGGGGGAAUGUAGUCUCAGUCGAUUGGAAAAGUCUUCUGGAAGUGUAUCUAAUGCUCGGAAUUCGCUAUAGUUGACUAGCCGCCACUCCUGCCGGUUCAAAGUAUUACAUGUAUGUCCAAAAUCCUCAGCUCGGAGCCUUUUUAUACGAAAUGUGCCAGUUCUGUCAGGGUGGAAACGUUGGUUUGUGUGGAUGGGUGUGAAUAUUGUACUGUGGCCCUCAGGCUCUAAUAGCUUAAAGGCCUACUGAAAUGAGAUUUCCUUAUUCAUACGGGGAAAGCAGGUCCAUUCUAUGUGUCAUACUUGAUCAUUUUGCGAUAUUGCCAUAUUUUUGCUGAAAGGAUUUAGUAGAGAACAUCCACGAUAAAGUUCGCAACUGGAGAAAAGCCCUGCCUCUACCGGAAGUCGCAGACGAUGACGUCACACGUGUGGGGGCUCCUCACAUAUUCACAUUAUUUUUAAUGGGAGCCUCCAACAAAAAGUGCUAUUCGGACCGAGAAAAUGACAAUUUCCCCAUUAAUUUGAGCGAGGAUGAAAGAUUCGUGUUUGAGGAUAUUGAUAGAUGGACUAGAAAAAAAAUAAAUAAAACAAAUAAAACGCGAUUGCAAUCGCGUUGCAUUGGGACGGAUUCAUAUGUUUUUAGAGACAUUUACUAGGAUAAUUCUGGGAAAUCCCUUAUCCUUCUAUUGUGUUGCUAGUGUUUUAGUGAGUUUAACAGUACCUGAUAGUCGGAAGUGUACGUCCACGGCCGGGUGUUGACGCGCAGUGUCUCAGGGAAGUCGAUGGCAGCUGUACGGGAGGCGCAAGCUCAGCUGAUAUCCAGUAAGUGGCGACUUUUUAACCACAAUUUUCUCACCGAAACCUGCGGGUUGACAUGUAGUCGGGAUCCAUGUCCGCUAUGAUCCAUAGGAAAGUUUCAACCCCAUGAAUUUUAUACAAAGAAUUACCAUGUGUUUGUGUGGCUAAAGGCUAAAGCUUCCCAACUCCAUCGUUUUACUUUGACUUCUCCAAUAUUAAUUGAACAAAUUGCAAAGGAUUCAGCAACACAGAUGUCCAAAAUACUGCGUAAUUAUGCGGUUAAAGCAGACGACAUUUAGCUGUGUGUGUGCGCAGUGUUCAUACUUUCUAAAAGCCUGUGACGUCUUGUGUACACGUCAUCAUUACAAGACGUUUUCAAGACGAAACUCCCGGGAAAUUUAAAAUUGCAAUUUAGUAAACUAAAAAGGCCGUAUUGGCAUGUGUUGCAAUGUUAAUAUUUCAUCAUUGAUAUAUAAACUAUCAGACUGCGUGGUGGGUAGUAGUGGGUUUCAGUAGGCCUUUAAAUAACUCAAUUAUUCCUGGUGCGAAAUUAUAUUUUCAAUCCGGAGACACAGCGAUUAAAAAGCACAAGGCAUUUGCUGAGAAUUUCGGACAGCGACAUGUUCUGAGCCCUUGAUUUUGUGAAUAUUGUUAAUAGGAUCUUUUGUAAUAUUUGACCAUGGUUUGGCAGAGCCAGUGAAGCAGUUCUCUCCUCUCCGUUUGUGUUCUUCUCUCUGUCGUCGUCGUCGUCCGCUUGUGUCUCUCCUGUAUGCUUUCAGUAGUCCUUAUAGCUGUCAGAGCCUUCUUGCUCCCCCCCAAACUCAGUGGGCAUUUUCCCAAGUUGUCGGGUAUGUGUGCUCUAUGUGGUUAGGAAACUUUGCUGUUUGUAAUUUUUGUCCUCCUUGGUGUUUACCUUCUCUUCUGGGGACCUCAAAGCAGGGAUGUCCGUCAUGUGAGAUGGAGGCCACUCCACAGAUCUCUGUCACCGUGUUUUUUCCAGAACAAUCAUGUCACCUUAGAAGCCAUCAGAGCCAUUGAAGUGUACAGACGGCGACCUUUCGAGCCGAUGUCUCCCACCUGGCCUUUAGAUCCAAGCCCAACUCGUGUUAGAGAUCGUAAAACCACUUUCUUCCCACUCUUGCUCCACGGUGAUGAAAUAAAAUGGUCAUCGUGAAAGCUCAGAUGUACCGGCAAAGCACCGUAAAUGUCAUACUCUGAUAGCGGCCCUGCUGGUGUUUGGUAAUUAUCAUGACUGCAAAAUGACCUUUUAAAAAAUGAAAGACGGUAUGGACAGCUGAAGGGAAUAAAAGUUUUAGAUGCAUUUGUACUUUUGAAAAGAAAAUCAUAUCAUUAACUGUAUUACUUCUCAUAUCAACGUCCCAAAGUCCUGCUCUCCUCCUGAAUUCUGAUUGUUGUCCAGUAGGGAAGGGAUGAGAAAGUGGUGGGGGAGGGGGCUCAUCAUUUUGCAAUGCAGUCUGCUGAAAAUGAUGGAAAGCACCAUUCUACAUAGAAGCUGACGCUGUGGCCAAAGUUUAAAUUGUCACAUAAAUGGGUUAUACUUGUAUAGCGCUUUUCUACCUUCAAGGUACUCGAAGCGCUUUGAAACUAUUUCCACAUUCACACACACAUUCACACACUGAUGGCGGCAGCUGCCAUACAAGGCACUAACCGCGACCCAUCAGGAGCAAGGGUGAAGUGUCUCGCUCAAGAACACAACGGACGUGACGAGGUUGGUAGUAGGUGGGGAUCGAACCAGGAACCCUCAGGUUGCUGGCACGGCCACUCUCCCAUUGGCGCCACGCCGUCCCAACACACUUCAAGAUAUUAAACACUCAAGUGAAAAGUGUGCAACUCCUCCCCCCAACGUAUCAUGUUUCAUGUGUCAGGUAAACUGCGGCCGUUAUGAAUCCCCUUCUUAGAGUUCCCAGAGAAAGCCUAACACAUUCUAUACAGAGUAGCAUCAGCGAGUGUUAAAUCCUAGUACUAUUUUCGAAAUGUCGUACCCAAGUGAUGGUGUGAAAUCACUUUGCAGGCGUUAAAAAAAUAAAAAGAGACAAGCACACAGAGGCAGAUAUGUCUGGUCUUAUUUUGAAAGCAGUGUUAAAGACAUCGAGUCACAGUAUAAAGUCAAACAUUUAGAAUAUUUCCAAACAAGACGGCAGAAGUGAGGUUUCUUUCCGAUGUUCACUUUUGAACGACGGUGAAGCUCGGAGUGGACAAUGAUUGACAUUUUUAUUUACAGUCGACACACUUCUGUUCUGUACUCUCCUUAACUUUGACUUUGCCCUCACCUGUCACUGUUGAGACCACUGCUGUGUACCGUGUCAUGUGUUGGUUAUUAUUUAUGCCUUUGUCUUGUGUCCCAACGGUGAAACGCCUGAUAAAACAUCUAUAUCUGCCACAUUCGCAUGUCGCUGCUUAUUUCCUCUUUCGGUCACUUUUGUUGGUUUUUAGGGGUGUUUGAGCCUGUAAAAAGGGUAAUGACUG